AUGUGUUUUAGGGGCGUCAAUACAGGAGCCAUUGCUAGUCGACCUGCUGCUGACACUGGUCUCACUGCUCCAGCUCCCAUCAAUCCUGAAGAGUUCGAGAAGCUUUCUGAAGAAGAUCAGAUUGCGCAUAUAAAGGAUGUUUCGACAGCAAAGUACCACUCUAGCAAUUUCCAAAAGAAAACCACGAAUAUCAUGUCCGGACCACCACCGCCAACGUACACGUGCAAUCGUUGCAAUCAACCUGGACACUGGUACAAGAACUGCCCAAUGGUAAUCAUGCACAACUCGCGGAAGCAUUUUCCCGUUAUCCGGUAGCG